AUGUCGCGCAUUUCUUGGUCGCGCAAUUCUCUGAAAAAAAUGGACGUCUCGUCCAUCAAGGAUACGACUGGAAUCCUGGAGCUGUUGGAGGUGGUUGGCCAAGGAACGUACGGUCAGGUGUACAAGGGUCGAUACGUUCUGUCUGGUGACACUGUGGCUAUUAAAGUGAUGAACGUCAGAGGGGCUGCGCAGGAGGACCUGAAAGCCGAGAUCAACCUGCUGAGGAAAUACUCUCACCAUCGGAACAUCGCCACCUACUGCGGCGCUUUAAUCAAGAAGACCCCCAUGGAGGACCAUCUGUGGUUGGUGAUGGAGUUCUGCGGUGGAGGUUCGCUUGCCAGUCUGAUCAAGAGCACCAGAAAGAAGUCUCUGAAGGAGGAGUGGACGGCCUACAUCAGCCGAGAAAUCCUGCGGGGUCUGUCGCAUCUCCACAAGUACAAAGUCAUCCACAGAGACAUCAAGGGCCUGAAUGUGAUGCUGAACGAGAAGGCCGAGGUUAAACUGGUGGAUUUCGGGGUGAGCGUGCAGACAGACAGCACCCUGUGUCAGAGCAACACCUUCAUCGGGACGCCCAACUGGAUGGCGCCGGAGGUCAUCGACUGCCAGAAGGAUCCCACAUCCAGCUACGACUGCAAGAGUGAUAUCUGGUCUUUGGGCAUCACCGCUAUAGAGAUGGCAGAAGGAGCACCACCUCUGGGUGACCUUCACAUGAUGAAGGUUCUGCAGAUGAUCGUGAACAAUCCCUCUCCGACUCUCCAGCAGAAGAAAUGGUCCAGCAGUUUCCACUCCUUCGUUAAGGAGUGUCUGAUCAAAGAGCCGGCCGAGCGUCCGAGCGCGGAGAACCUGCUCAAUCACGAAUUCAUCAGCAGCGUCACCAACAUCAGAUACGUCCGCCAUCAGAUCGUGGAUCACUGGAAGCGUAAGAAAGAAAAUAAUGACCACGGUGAUGACGAGACGUCGGAGGAGGAGGGUGAUCAGAAAUCGAAGGAAGAACCUAAAUGCCAAUUAAAGGAGCAUCCGAGAAAAGCGCAGCAGCAGCAAAACAACAAACAACCUAAACUGCAUAAGCAGCAACGUAAACAACACAAACACCAGCAGCCUGGCGUGAAACGACCCCUGAAACCAGCCGAAAAGGGAGUCGACUGUUACCCCAGGCCUAACCCAUUAAGCCCCGACGCAAAAUGCAAACAAUAUUGCGGUCGACCACGAGGAGGCUCAACUCCAUCCGUGCCUGAAAUCCAGAUUUCACCUCAAUCUGAGAAUCCGGUCCCCGCCUGUGUGAGCGCCAGCCGAGCACGGAGCCCAAGUCCAUGUUCACCAAUGCACAACCUCAAACUGAUGAGCCAGGCCUGGGCUGGGGAAUUCAAACCGCGCUCUGUGUCGCUUUCCCCCCGCCGCAGGCUGGUGGUGGACGAGAACGCGAACGGCUUGUUCCAGGUCCUCAGGAUCUGCAUCUCCAAGUGGUUCAGACUCCUGCAGCCUCUCCAGUUCUCCCUGCGGUUCAGAUUACUUAAACUCUCCCUUCAGUCCAGGACGUUCAAACUCUCCCUUCAGUCCAGGACGUUUAAACUCUCCCUUCAGUCCAGGACGUUCAAACUCUCCCUUCAGUCCAGAUAA